AUGGCAUCGACCUCCAAUGACACCGCAACGCCCAGCGCCUUACGCUACAUCCAAUACGACCCCUCGCGCGAAAACGAAUACCUCACCGCAAUGCGCCAACUAAUCUCCAAAGACCUCUCAGAACCCUACAGCAUCUACGUCUACCGCUACUUUUUGUAUCAAUGGGGAGAUCUCUGCUUUUUAGCCAUGGAUCCAAAUGACAAACUCGUGGGCGUGGUAGUCUCAAAACUGGAACCUCAUCGAGGCGGGCCUCUGAGGGGUUAUAUCGCCAUGUUGGCGGUUAGGGAGGAGUACAGAGGGCAGGGGAUUGCGACGAAGUUGGUGAGGAUGGCGAUUGAUAAGAUGAUUGAGAGGGAUGCUGAUGAGGUUGCGCUUGAAACUGAGGUUGUUAAUACAGCUGCUAUGAAGCUAUAUGAACGAUUGGGAUUUCUUCGGAGCAAACGUCUGCAUCGGUAUUAUCUCAAUGGGAAUUCGGCGUACCGGUUGGUUUUAUAUCUAAAGGAAGGUGUGGGAUCAAUGGGUGCGAAUUAUGAUUAUCCGGUACCAGUACCAGCGCCACCACCAGCUACUGGUCAGCCACAGGCGCAGAUUCCAGCAGGUUAUCCUGUGGUGUAG